UUACAUUGCUUACGCGGAGCGCUUUUACAUGUGUGAACCCGACAACCGCCCGCUUCCCUGGAGAUGGUGGGUGCGUGCCACCCACUUCAACCCUCUGAAACCAAAGGCGUUGCAGCGACUGACGGGCAAUGUGACGUCUACAAGUGGCAUUUUUGGGGACAACGAAUGGGCGAAAACAAUUGUCGAUGUUCGGUCAAACAACCAGUGGAAGGAAAACGCAUUUGUCUUUAAAUUUAACAACAAGGCAUGCCAAACUCUUAAAGUAAAUAUUCCUGGAUUUUACGAGGUGGUUUUAAAGAAGAGAGAAGUUAAAGGCGCGUGCAUGUUUAAAGCUGGAGUUUACGAGUUCAAUGAUGCCCCAAUUGACUGGACUUGUCCAAAUGUUCCUAUCAUGCCUUAUGGACAUUAUAGGGUCAGAAUUAUGAUUGGUAAAGCGGAAACUCUAUACGUAUGCUGGGUAAUAGAAGCGAAGGCUAUUCCGAAGCUCAAUUAGCACUUCAAUCUUUAUGCGCGGGCUCGCGGUUCCUCCUCCUGGCUUGUUCCCAGAGCCCCGGACCUUCCCCAACACCAGCCCACCACCCAGCCCUCUCGGUCCCCGCGGUGCUGUAAAGGCUGCCCGCUCUUCCUCCGCGGCCGGGGAGCAAG